AUGGCUGCUCUCUCCCAAUUCUUCUCCCACCUCUACACCAUGACGAUAGUCUUUUUCACUCUGCUCCUACUCGAAAUAGUAAUCCUCGUCCGGUCGGUGACCGGAAUCGCCUGCAACCCCGACAAACGGCUGAUAACGCGGAGCCAGUACCUGGAUUUAAUCGAAGAAAAGAGCCCAACGAUUCGGUACAGGAGCGCAAUAAUGCAGGAGAUGCUGGAAUGCGCAGUGUGUUUGUCGAGGUUUGAAGAUGGAGAGGAGAUUAGGAAGCUUCAAUGCAAGCAUAUAUUUCAUAAGGGGUGUUUGGAUAUGUGGUUGCAGCAAGACUGCCCGACAUGCCCAUUAUGCAGAAGAAGGGUUUUGCCUGAGGAGAUUGUUACCAAGUAUCAUCUGCAAAACCAGGUAGAGUAUGAUGGGAGUGAUGAGGAGCUUAUCUUCUUGUUAUCUGCAUUACAUGGUAACAAUUUAUACAGAUUCAUGUAG